GGAUUGAAGCGAAAUGUGAAUUAAAAUGGUUUGUGCAAUGUUUACAUGCUUCUUCCAUGACCAUUCCCUCCUUUCACUACUCCUACAAAACCCCUACUCUACCAUACGUCCUUCUCCAAUACUCUCUCCUCCCGUUUUCUCACAAUGGGAAUUAUUAGAAGCUUUACAACUAUCAUUCUCUUCUUCUUCCUUUUCGCUUCGUCUUUAUCUAUGGCGGUUUACGAUGUCGAUUACCGUGGCCCCGAAACGCAUACCAGCAUCCCCAGCGGCACCCGGCGCCGGAAUGUCAUUCAUCACCACAAAAGUCACAAAUUUUCCAAGACCACAAAAACCGCUCCUAGCAAUGGAAAUAUUAUUGGAAAGAAAUAUCGUUAUUGAGUUGGGGGAUCAACGUCAUCAUCAUGAAGAAGAAGAAAAUGUACCGGAUAUGAUGAAGUUGAGGGAAAUCACAUUAUAUAGAUGCUUGGCAUACGGAAUUUUACUCUGUCCUUCCCCUAUUUAAGUUCUUACUUUCCUUUUUGUAUGUUAUAAACACGUUCACACUUUCUUAUUUGACAAACAAAUUCACACCAAAACAGUGCAAAGUAGUGCCAAAACAGUGCAAAAUAGUGUCACAACAGUGUACUCUAUAAUAAAUUUACCCCUCAAUAAAUUUAUUCGCUUAAUGUGUUUGAAGUCAAACUAAGAACUUAAAUAAGGGAUGGAGAAAGUAUCAUAUAUUUACACUAUCAUUUACAAAUCAC